AUGAGGGAUAAGCAGGACCAAGGACUGCGGGCGGUGAGGCUCGACACCUUCCACCUGCGCUUCCUUCGUUACAUCCUGCACAUCUCCUGGCAAGAAAAAAUGCUCAACACAGAGGUCUUAUCUCGUGCUGGCCUUCCAAUCAUGUUCCGAAGGCAACGGUGGCUCCGUUGGCUGAGUCAUGUGAGUCGCAUGGAUGAUGGUCAUACUCCAAAGGACAUCUUACAUGAGGGAGAGACCAGCCAUGGGUGCUGGAGAGGGACCGGGAAAACUCAUGAGCAACGUCGGCUUACAUUAGAGAUCGAGGUAGUCUUGGAGGGAGCGAAGUUGGUUCUUCCGUCGGGCCGUAGCGAUGACAGAAUCCUCGUCGCCUCCGUGCUCUCUCCUUGGGUCAUCUGGGUCAGCCUUGGUCCUGCGAGAGAAAGGUGUCCGAGGCGCUAUAAAGACACGCCGGCGCCUCCCUGGGCACAGUGCCACCUCGGGCUUCCGUUCCUCUUGUUCGACGCAACACUGCCGCUCGCGAUGUCUGUGCUGCUGCUGGCCUUAGCUCUUCUGGGAGCCGUCCACGCCGACAAGAUGUUCAGCCCGCCCGCUCCUCCCGCCCCAGGAUACUCGUACGGCGCCCCGGACCUCAGGGCCGACGCCUCCACUCUCGACCAGCAGGACCCCAUCGCCGCCCUGGCCGCCAACAUCCCCGGCGGAGGCGUCCCUGGCGAGGACUACCCCAUCCUGGCCUCCGUCCCCGACACCGGCUUCUCCUGCGAGGAACAGGACUUCCCAGGCUACUAUGCUGACACCGCCCCGGAGGCCGGCUGCCAAGUGUUCCACAUCUGCCAGUUCGACGGCCGCCAGGACUCCUUCCUGUGCCCCAACGGCACCAUCUUCAACCAGCAGUACUUCGUGUGCGACUGGUGGUUCAACGUGGACUGCGCCGCGUCCGUGCAAUUCCGAAGCCUCAACGCUGACAUCGGCAAGAUCCCCGAAGACGCCGCUGCCUCCGUCCGCAAUGACGUCGUGGCACCCAACCAGCUCUAUGGCACUCCCGAGGAGCGCCAGGCAACUCCUCCAACUCCUUCUCAGUUUUAUGGAAGUCCAAACGGGUUCUAGAUUACGCUACGAAUAAGAAACAGACACCUAUUUAUGUUUAUUUUUUAAUCAUUUCUGUCUUUACAUGCCCCAUAGUAUGAUGUCAGAGCUCUGUAAAUAAAUGUUUCAUC